GCUUCAGCGAUGAGAGGACGAUGGAGCUCGCAGUCCGUGCCUGUAUUGGUCUCUUUGAUCGUUCUCUGGCAGACACGGUCACAUGCAGUUUCCAAUACAACACGUAACCCCAAAGACAUCACCACCUUCACCAAGAUCCUGGACAGUCUGCUGGACGGAUACGACAACAGACUGAGACCGGGCCUCGGAGACCGAGUGACGGAGGUUAAGACCGACAUCUAUGUGACCAGUUUCGGCCCGGUGUCCGACACAGAUAUGGAGUACACUGUGGAUGUUUUCUUCCGUCAGAGUUGGAAGGAUGAGCGAUUAAAGUUCCAGGGGCCGAUGAACACGUUGCCACUCAACAACCUGAUGGCCAGUAGGAUCUGGACCCCGGACACCUUCUUCCAUAACGGCAAGAAAUCUGUGGCCCAUAACAUGACCAUGCCCAACAAGCUGCUGAGGAUCAUGGAGGAUGGAACCCUGCUCUACACCAUGAGGUUGACCGUUCAAGCUGAGUGCCCGAUGCACCUUGAAGACUUCCCCAUGGACUUCCACUCGUGUCCUCUCAAGUUUGGAAGCUAUGCCUACACAAAGACAGAGGUUACCUACAUCUGGACUCGUAACGCCUCCCAGUCUGUGGAAGUAGCGCCUGAUGGAUCCAGACUCAACCAGUACGACUUGAUGGGUCAGACUGUGGGGAACGAGACCAUCAAAUCCAGCACAGGUGAAUACACAGUCAUGAUGGCUCACUUCCACCUCAAGAGGAAGAUUGGCUACUUUGUCAUCCAGACGUAUCUGCCCUGUAUCAUGACGGUCAUCCUCUCACAGGUCUCCUUCUGGCUCAAUAGAGAGUCCGUGCCAGCGCGAACUGUCUUUGGUGUCACGACAGUCCUCACAAUGACUACGUUGAGUAUCAGCGCUCGUAACUCGCUCCCUAAAGUGGCCUACGCUACAGCCAUGGACUGGUUCAUCGCUGUGUGCUAUGCCUUCGUCUUCUCGGCGCUCAUCGAGUUUGCUACUGUGAACUACUUCACCAAGAGAGGCUGGGCGUGGGACGGGAAAAGUGUCGUCAAUGACAAGAAAAAAGAAGCCGCCAUCAUGAAGAAGAACAACGCGUACGCUGUAGCCGUGGCCAACUACGCUCCCAACAUCACCAAGGACUCCACGCUGCCGACCAUCUCCAAGUGCGCUCUGAACGACACCAACAAGAACACGUCCGAGACCAAGCCCGAGCAGAACAAGAAAACCUUCAACAGCGUCAGUAAGAUCGACCGCAUAUCCCGCAUCAUGUUCCCUGUGCUGUUCAGCAGCUUCAACCUGGUCUACUGGGCCACCUACCUGAACAGAGAACCCGUCAUCAAAGACCUGGAUCCUGCCAAAUGAACUGAACAGACUCAGUCCAAACACACAGCCUGUUCAGGACUUCUUCAUCUGUUGGUGUGUCAGAAUGAAGCUGCUCACAUGAAUGGACAAUCCUUCUCUCUUUUCUUACUGAGGUCAGUUUUGAAUCACGAGUUAUAGUUAAGUUAUGAGCUCAUACCUCACGAGUAAACCUGUCAUUUUCAAACCAAACAGAUUUACUGGAGAAUUUCCAU